CCCCGGGCAAGGUUGCAGGGGCAGGAUGGGGCUGAAGGGAUGAGCAGGGUCCCGGGCCCACCUGCUGAUACAGCAUUGGCCAUGUGGGGGCUGCAAUCGGAUUUGGAAGACCCUGGGGCUUGGGGGCAUGUCCAGUUUUCCCAGUUCCCUAAAAAAUGACCAUGCAGCCUGGCGCCGUGGCUCACGCCUGUAAUCCAAACACUUUGGGAGGCUGAGGCAGGCAGAUCACCGGAGGUCAGGAGUUCGAGACCAGACUGGCCAACAUGGCAAAACCCUGUCUCUACUAAAAAUACAAAAAUUAGCCAGGCAUAGUGGCACGUGCCUAUAAUACCAGCUACUUGGGAGGGUCAGGCAGGAGAAUCACUCGAACCUGGGAGGCGGAGGUUGCAGUGAGCCAAGAUCGCGCCACUGCACUCCAGGCUGGGCGACAGAGUGAAACUGUGUCUCAAAAAUAAAAAUAAAAAGACCAUGCCUACAUCUGUGGUCAUUCCAGGCAAGGCAAUGAAAAGGCAGGGUUCUGAGGUCCAGCAGGGCUGGGUUUGAAUAGGAUCCCUGGCCGGGCACGGUGGCUCAUGCCUGUAAUCCUAGUACUUUGGGAGGCCAAGGCAGGCAAAUCACGAGGUCAGGAGUUCAAGACCAGCCUGACGAAUAUGGUGAAACCCCACCUCUACUAAAAAUACAAAAAUUAGCUAGGUGUGGUGGCAGGCGCCUGUAAUCCCAGCUACUCGGGAGGCUGAGGCAGGAGAAUCACUUGAACCCGGGGGCGGAGGUUGCAGUGUGUCAAGAUCGCGCCACUGCACUCCAGCCUGGGCAACAGAGUCAGACUCUGUCUCAAAAAAAAAAAAAAAAAGAAAAACAAAGGAAUAGGAUCCCUCACUUGCUGUGGUAUGCGGGGCAAGUGAUUUAUGAUCUCUGAGCCUCAGCUUGCUCAUCUGUGAAAUGGGGAUCCUAGGGAAAGGGAAGGCCUGGCUUCUGGCUUAGUUAAGGGGCAGAUUAAGAAAUAAAAAGAGGCUGGGUGCAAUGGCUCACACCUGUAAUCCCAGCAAUUUGGAAGGCUGAGGUGGAAGGAUCACUUGGGGCUCAGGGGUUGAAGACAAGCCUGGUCAACACAGGGACACCUCGUCUCUACAAAAAGUUUAAAAAGUUAGCUGGGUGUGGUGGUGUGUGCCUGUGGUCCCAGCUACUUAGGAGACUGAGGCGGGAGGAUCACCUCAGCCUGGGAGGGCAAGGCUGCAGUGAGCUAUGAUCACACCACUGCACUCUAGCCCUGGGCAACCGAGCAAGACCCAGUCUCAAAAAUCGAUAAAUAAUAAUAAUUAAUAAGAAGUCAUCAGCGAGUUGGCCAAGGUCACUCAGCAGGGCUAUGGGGGCUGUGAUCGCAUGGACUGUCUCUAUGGCAACAGCAGUGAGGGUGACAGGUGGCCAGACUUGGUCCGGGAACGUAUAAUAGCUCAAUCUUUUGAAUCUAGCGCUCCCGAAUUACUUUGGCAACCGUAGGGCACUGGGCCAGCUCAAAGAGAGGGCGAGGGAAGCCUGGAGCCACGCCCCCUGGGCACGCCCCCGCACGGCCUCUCCCCAUUGGUCAGUUCCGGAGGCCCCCACUCCGCGAGCAGCUAUAAGAUGGGCGGGCGGGACCAGCGCGGGUGUGGAGACUUGAGCCUGGGGUCAGCGGAGACAGCUGGGGUCUGAAGCCGCUCGCACCCAGGGUGACCCUGUUUGCAGCACGAUGUCUGAAGACGAGGCGGCUCAGAUCCCCAGAUCCAGUGUGUGGGAGCAGGACCAGCAGGUGAGGGCUGCCCCUCCCAUGGAGCAGGGACACAAGAAUGUGGUGCAGCGCGUGGUGGCUCUGCCCCUGGUCAGGGCCACGUGCACCGCGGUCUGCGACGCUUACAGUGCAGCCAAGGACAGGCACCCGCUGCUGGGCUCCGCCUGCCGCCUGGCUGAGAACUGCGUGUGCGGCCUGACCACCCGUGCCCUGGACCACGCCCAGCCGCUGCUCGAGCACCUGCAGCCCCAGCUGGCCACCAUGAACAGCCUCGCCUGCAGGGGCCUGGACAAGCUGGAGGAGAAGCUUCCCUUUCUCCAGCAACCUUCGGAGACGGUGGUGACCUCAGCCAAGGACGCGGUGGCCAGCAGUGUCACGGGUGUGGUGGACCUGGCCCGGAGGGGCCGGCGCUGGAGCGUGGAGCUGAAGCGCUCCGUGAGCCAUGCCGUGGAUGUUGUACUGGAAAAAUCAGAGGAGCUGGUGGAUCACUUCCUGCCCAUGACGGAGGACGAGCUCGCGGCACUGGCGGCUGAGGCUGAAGGCCCUGAAGUGGGUUCGGUGGAGGAUCAGAGGAGACAGCAGGGCUACUUUGUGCGCCUCGGCUCCCUGUCAGCACGGAUCCGCCACCUGGCCUACGAGCACUCUCUGGGGAAACUGAGGCAGAGCAAACACCGUGCCCAGGACACCCUGGCCCAGCUGCAGGAGACGCUGGAGCUGAUAGACCACAUGCAGUGUGGGGUGACCCCCACCGCCCCGGCCCGCCCUGGGAAGGUGCACGAGCUGUGGGGGGAAUGGGGCCAGCGCCCUCUGGAGAGCCGCCGCCGGAGCCAGGCAGAGCUGGAGACGCUGGUGCUGUCCCGCAGCCUGACCCAGGAGCUGCAGGGCACGGUAGAGGCGCUGGAGUCCAGCGUGCGGGGUCUGCCCCCCGGCGCCCAGGAGAAGGUGGCUGAGGUGCGGCGCAGUGUGGACGCCCUGCAGACCGCCUUCGCUGAUGCCCGCUGCUUCAGGGACGUGCCAGCGGCCGCGCUGGCCGAGGGCCGGGGUCGCGUGGCCCGCGCGCACGCCUGCGUGGACGAGCUGCUGGAGCUGGUGGUGCAGGCCGUGCCGCUGCCCUGGCUGGUGGGACCCUUCGCGCCCAUCCUUGUGGAGCGAGCCGAGCCCCUGCCCGACCUGGCAGACCUGGUGGAUGAGGUCAUCGGGGGCCCUGACCCCCGCUGGGCGCACCUGGACUGGCCAGCCCAGCAGAGAGCCUGGGAGGCACAGCACAGGGACGGGAAUGGGGACGGGGACGGGAUGGGUGUUGCCGGGGACAUCUGUGAGCAGGAACCCGAGACCCCCAGCUGCCCGGUCAAGCACACCCUGAUGCCCGAGCUGGACUUCUGACCCAUGGGCCAGUGGAGGCAGGGAGGAAAGGCCACUGCACACCCCGAUCCCUGCUGCCCCCUGGUGGCCACACGUAAGCACGAGGCCUUGGCCUUGACCCUUGGCCUUGAUCCUUGGCCUUGACCCUUCUUUGGACUCAGGCCCGACUCUGGAUCCCUGACCACCUUUUUGGUAUUGAACUCUCCCAUUUUUUCCUUGAACACAUGGACAAAGAGGCCCGGGGGAGCAGGGCCUCGAACCCAAUUCAGGCCAACUUGAGCCACAAGCUGGGUUCUUCACCUAUGUCCUGCUCCCUGGCUCCAUGAAGCGAAUCCAAAUCUUUCCAAGAGGCUGGACACAGUGGCUCACGCCUGUAAUCCCAGCACUUUGGGAGUCUGAGGCAGGUGGAUCAUCUGAAGUCAGGAGUUCGGGAUCAUCCUGGCCAACAUGAUGAAACUCUGUCUCUACUUAGAAAAAAAAAAAAAAAGCCAGGUGUGGUGGUGUGCACCUGUAGUCCCAGCUAGUUGUGAGGCUGACGCAGAAGAAUUGCUUAAACCUGAGAGGCGCGGAGGUUGCAGUGAGCAGAGAUCGCGCCACUGCACACCAGCCUGGGUGACAGAGCGAGACUCCAUCUAACAAAAAAUAAUAAUAACAGCCUCCCCAAGAAAUACACAUUUUGCCCAAUGCCUUCUGUUUGGGGCUUUGAAAAGUGAGCCCUGACUGGGUGUGGUGGCCGACACCUGUAAUCACAGCACUUUGGGGGGCCAAGGUGGGAGGACUGCUUGAGCCCAGGAGUUGGAGGCUGCAGUGAGCCAUGAUCUUGCCCCUGCACUCUCGCCUGGGUGACAGAGCAAGACUCUAUCUCAAAAAUGUUUUUAAAAAAUACUUUCUAGGGAAACACACAUUUUGCCCUAUUUGGAACUUUGAAAAGUGAGCCCUCCUCUGCCCAUGGGCCGUGCUGCUCAGCCUGCCAUACUCGCUUGCUUUGCUGUUUGGGAUUUGCCUCCAGAAUAAAGGUCCUUUUUGUUGUUGAAA